CAGCAGGUCAAGGAGCGUCUUACUUGGAUCGACUGUCGCACGACGAACAGGCACCGGGGACAGCGGCAACGGAUCACAAUGGAUCACAAAACGCUACUCGUGGGUCAUCUCCAAUAUCACGAAAGAGUUAUCGACGAGCAAGCCGUACCCAAAUACGCGCAUUACCUCCCGGAACUCCGAGCAUUUCACUUCGACACAACGGAGUUCGGGAGUACACAACCUUCGCCUAAACAUCCCACCCGACAUGCGACGAUGCAGCCAGGUGACGGCACGUUGCUAGUACCAAGCAGAACCGUCAAGACAGGGGCGACUAACGGCGAGUCGGCCCUUUACCGCCUCUCUGGGGCCCAUCAUGAGCGCUAUGACUGGGACUCGUCUCCGAGGGAACAGCUAGGCAAGACUCGAUGAUGACGUCCCUUUUCGAACAUGCCUCUGACUCCCGACACAACCGCCGAGCGACAGGGAGAGAGUCCCGACACGCCGAGUAAUGCCCCCACAAUCGUCGCCAUCGUCAAGGGGCGAUAACGCUCUGUCGUGAAGAAAGUCAAAAUAAUCC